GUAGGGAUCGGGUAGCAUUAGCAGCAUUAGCAGCAUUAGCUUAGCUUGUGUGUGGAGUCAUUGUAGAGAGGCUGAUAAUCUGGGAGUGUUUGCAGUGAGAAUGUCUUCAGUCCAGCUUCAAGGAGAGUUUAUCACUGAGCAGUUAACUCCUGCUGAAGAAACAUUCACGGAGUUUAAAGGGAAAGAGUUAAAAGAAGAGAAGAUGCUGGUGAAGAUUCUCCCUCAUCCAGAUCAGAGUCAACAGGAGAAGAUGGACGAUCAGCACAGGAUCCCACAGAUCAUCUCACAGCGGAUAGACCGCCUGCAGGAUUAUGUUGCAAAAGAGGAGGAUUUCUCUGAUCAGCAGCUCUGUGGACAGGAGAGGAAUUCCAGUUUGGACCAAGAGGAACCAGAACCUCUGCAGAUGAAAGAAGAGAAGCAAGAACCAGAACAUCCCUGGACAAAAGAGGAAAUCAUUGAGGUCCCUAUAAGUGAGCAGGAAGAGCAGCUUGGUCUAAACGAAGAGACUGGAGAAACAGGAGAGAAAUCUUUCCCAUGUUUGACAUGUGGAGAAAACUUUCUUAAAAAAGAACAUUUAAUGGAUCACAAGAGAACUCACGCAGGUCAGAAGAUUUAUGAAUGUGUUUACUGUGGAAAAAGCUUAAGUAAGAAGUCGAAUCUUGACAAACACAUCAGAAUACACAAAGAUGAGAAGCCAUUUUCUUGUACGAUUUGUGGCAAAGGUUUUAUUCUUAAUGGUCGUUUGACCGAACACAUAAGAACUCACACAGGUGAGAAGCCUUUUACAUGUCUGUCCUGUGGAAAAGGCUUCACUGUAAAAUCUGCUCUUAAAAAACACAUCAGAACUCACACAGGUGAGCAGCCUUUCUACUGUACUAUUUGCAAUAAGAAUUUUAAUGAAAUGCAUUGUUUGACUUCUCACAUGAGAAUUCACACAGGUGAGAAGCCAUUUUCUUGUACAAUUUGCGGCAAAAGUUUUUCUCAAAAAAGUAAUUUGACCCAACACAUAAGAACCCACACAGGUGAGAAGCCUUUUGCAUGUGUGUCCUGUGGAAAAGACUUCACCUCGAGUUAUGCUCUUAAAAAACACAUCCAAAUUCACACAGGUGAGAAGCCUUUUUCUUGUACAUUUUGUGGCAAAAGUUUUUCUGCACAAAGUCGUUUGACCCAUCACUUAAGAACCCACACAGGCGAGAAACCUUUUACAUGUGUGUCCUGUGGAAAAGGCUUCACCUUAAAAUCUUCUCUUAAAAAACACAUCAAAACUCACACAGGUGAGAAGCCAUUUUCCUGUAUUACUUGUGGGAAAAAUUUUACAGAAAAAUUUUGUUUGACCAGACACAUGACGACAUGUGAGAAACACAUGAAACCUUGAAAUGUAAAACUAAUUUUCUUAAAAGUUGUUAAAUAGAGGAAGGUAUGUCCCCUAAAAAGGCAGUUGCGCCUCUGGGCUUCCCCACCGGUUCUUUUCCUGGGAGCAAGUUACUUACUACUCUUAACUCAAACUGGGUA